AUGGCUGAAGGACCAGAAGGAACAGAAGUCCCCACAUUCAAGUGCGUUUUGGUCGGCGAUGGCGGUGUGGGGAAAACUACAUUUGUGAAGAGACAUCUGACGGGGGAGUUCACGAAGAAGUACCUCGCGACCGUGGGGGCCGAGGUGCACCCGCUGCUAUUCCACACGUCCAGAGGUCCCAUCAAGUUCGAUAUUUGGGACACUGCCGGGCAGGAGAAAUUUGGAGGACUUCGAGAUGGAUACUACGUGCAUGCUGUAUGUGGCCUGAUCAUGUUUGAUGUAACGUCCCGAGUAACAUACAAAAACGUUCCGACGUGGCACAAAGAUCUGGUUCGUGUUUGUGAAAAAAUCCCCAUAGUUCUGUGUGGCAAUAAGGUCGAUGCGAAAGAUCGCAAAGUUAAACCAAAGCAGGUGACUUUUCACCGAAAAAAGGGACUGAAAUAUUACGAGAUAAGUGCUAAGAGUAAUUACAACUUCGAAAAGCCUUUCCUGUGGAUUGCAAAACAACUGCUUGGUGAUAUGGAUUUGACACUCGUUGCAAUGCCAGCUUUGGCUCCACCAGAAGUGACAUUGGACGUGGUUUUUCAGAGAAAAAUUGAAGAAGACCUGGAAGAAGCUCAAAAUACGGAGUUGCCAGAUGAUGAAGAGGAAGAAGAUGUGUGA